AUGUCUGAUCUUGGGAUAAUGCAUUACUUUCUUGGCAUAGAAGUAGUGCAAUCUGAUGCUGGAAUUUUUGUGUCUCAAAAGAAAUAUGCCCAAGAAAUUUUGGACAGGUUUGAUAUGAAGAACUGUAACUCAACCACUACACUAGUUGAGACAGGAUUGAAGCUUGUGAAAAAUCCAGCAGGAAAAGGGGUUGACAGCACUCUUUACAAGCAAAUGGUUGGAAGUUUAAUGUACUUGACAGCAACACGACCUAAUUUAAUGUAUGUUGUAAGUCUUAUUAGCAGGUAUAUGGAGCAACCAAAGGAUAUUCAUCUUUUAGCUGCAAAGAGGAUUCUUCGGUAUUUGCGUGGUACUACUGAACUCGGGCUUUUAUACAAGAAGGGUGAACAAUCAUGCUUGAUUGGAUUUAUAGACAGUGACUAUGCUAGAGAUUUGGAUGACAGAAAAAGCACAUCUGGAUAUGUUUUUAUGUUGGGUUUUGCAGUUGUUUCGUGGUCAUCAAAGAAGCAGUCAUUAGUUACUUUGUCAACAACAGAACCCGAGUUUGUAGCAGCAGCUUCUUGUGCUUGUCAAGCACUUUGGUUGAGAAAAAUUCUCAAGGAGAUGCAUUUUGAGUAA